AUGCCAAAACUAGCAUCCGACUCGGGGACAUCGAGCUUCCUGCAAGAAAGAUUACAGAGGAGGAGAGAAGAGGCAGAGCGUGCUGCCGCCGCACGUUUGGCUGAAGAGAUGGCUGCUGCUGCUGAACCCCCAACUCGGACGGCCCAAAGCUCGCCUGUGAAGGCAGGGUCGGCUGAUGGACGUCGGCCAGGCUCCAGCGGCAGUUCAGAACCAAGCAAGAAGAAGGGCAUGGGUGUCAAGGAAAUGGAAGCUACUGUUUCAACGCUGCACAAACAAAACUUUGACCUAAAACUCGAACUUUAUCACCGCCGAGAACGCCAAACGACCCUGGAGGAGAAGGUGGAACAGCUUGCCUCUGAAAAGGAGCAGUUGGAGGAAGUCAACGACAGACUGCUGGAGGAGCUGGAAAAACGGGAUAAGGCUGUGCAAGAGGCUGUUCAGAUGAUUGUGCUUCUUGAGGCUCGGGUCGAGAAGCUUGUGGAAGAAAGAGAAAUGGUGCGCCAGGUCGAGACGGCAGGCUACCUGGCCAAGAUGGACGCCUCCCUCGACGCCCCGACUCCCAAGGCUCGGACUGCCGAUCUCACCCGGCUCGAGGAGGACGUCAGGAAGCUCAGUCGUAUGCCGAGUUUUGUGUCUGAAAAGACAGAAACAACAGCAAACCUACGCAACGUCUACCUCGGUACUAGGGGUAACCUUACUCUACCGAAAUUGACGGAAGGACUGGCGGACACCGAUCCAGGAAGAGCUGGCAUGGUGAGCCCAAGUCUUAGCGUUCUGAGCGAGAGCUCCUUCGCCAGCAUCUACGGUGAGAAGGAGAGUGACGAUCGAUAUCUGCAGAACGAUAUUGAAGGCGUACGGCCACAGGCGGGCCCCCGAGCGUACUCGAAUCCCGCUAACUUAGCAUCGACGCCGCGAUCACGAACCGUCACGCCCAGCCGUGGCCCACGCUCCGGCUCCUUUUCGCGAAGCGGAUCUGGUCAGUACCAAUCCAUAACCGACGUCAUCGAGCAGAGCUCCCCUCUGCAGAGGCUGGAACGCCUGGAAGGGUACGCCUCGAACGGUGCGUCUCCGUCGACUGACAAGGUGGCCCGCACACGAUCCCAAUCGCAAAGCAAGACAAAACAAGAGAAACGUGAGGCCUUGCGGAGGGUCAUGACUGAUGCCCCUUCCCCGAACGGGCGCUCUCAUUUCGACCAGGCUCUUCCACCCACACCAGAUACCAUUUCGACCUCGACCCUGCGCCGUUUCAAGAACUCCAGCGGCGACACCCUGGUGCAGCAACCAAACACAACAACAAACGAGCGCAGCUUUCUUGCUUCGUCAUCGCAGAGGGCAGGAGAGAAACCAGAGCCAGUGGCUGAGCAUAACGGUGGAGCGCCGAUUAUGCCUCCUUCAGCUACGACAACACGCUAUGAAGCAGACUUUGCUCAUCAUGGGCACGGGCGGCCGCUCAAGCCUCAGCCCCGCCCUAGAUCCGCGGACGAAUCGACCAUCUCCCACAGGAGGAGCAAAGCUUGGCUGCAGGAAAAUGGCGAUGAAGACGACAAUGCGUCCAUCAUGUCCCUCGAGUCGAGCCUUGAUAUUUGGAUGCAGCAAGGGAAGGAGCCCAAACAAGUCGGGCGGACAUCGCCAGAUCUUUUCGGCUUCCCAACCAAGACGGGCGGCUGGGAGACGGACGCCAUGUUUGGACCGGGAGCAUCGUACGGCGGCGGAGGCGCACCUCUCUCGUGGCCGGAUCCCCUCGAGGACCUCGUGCCUAUUCAGCAGGCGCUCUUUGGGGGUCCUGGCGCACCGCCACCACCUAAUAGGAGGUCGAGUCUGCAUGCUAGGACAGGAUCUGCUUCGACUUCACGACACCCCGAGCCAGUCAUGGGCAAGCUGCGCAAGUCGUUCGGCCGACGACGUGAUAGCACCGACAGUCAGAUGCAGGCGAAUGAGGCUGGGCCACACACGCCGCAGCAAACGAGUGAAAAGCAAGGGCAGGGACAAGGCCGCGGUCCAUAUCCACCAUUCACGCGGCCGGCCACAGCAACGCCUCGCGAUGGCAGGAUGAAAACGCUCUGGAGACGGUCUCUCGGUGGUACUGGGUCCGCGCCACCACCCAACGCGUCGGAUCUGGUGCCUGAACCUGCAGUGUCCACGACGCCUACGGGGAGGCAGUCCAUCAACAACGGUGUCGGCACUCCUUCCUGGGUUCAUCGGGCCCAUAUGGUUGAUGAUGACACACGCGCUCUCGGCGCAACGCCGCCACCUAUUCAGCGCCAACCACGACGAGGCAGUAUGGUCGAGCACGAGGGUGCGCCGGUCUUCGACCGCGGUCCUUCAACGCCGACCAUGUCGGUGGCGCCCAGCCUGCCGUCUACCCCGAGCGGCAAGGGCCCAACAACGAGUGAUCCAGCCCUGGCUGGAGCUCCAGGGCCUGGAGGAGGAGGAGGAGCAGGAGCAGGAGGGGGAGUUCCUCUAGGCAACGGCGCCGGUAUCGCCGCUGGGACGAGGAGGAAGUGGCUGCCUGGUUUUGGUCGUACUAGCAGCCUCCGCAACAGGGCUGGUUGA